GUGCAAGACAGAAACGUUCACAGAAAGGUUGCUGCAACUGUUGAAGCAUUAGAAAAAUUGUAUGCUGAGCGAAAAUGUGUUAUAAAUGGUAGGAGAUCUUACAUAAGCUCAAUAGUGAGUAAUUAUGUCUGCCUCUAAAGUUAGCUUAUCAUAUGAAAUAAUGAUACGAAAAUGAAAAUUUUGACUGCUCACGUAGAUCUUUAUAUUUGAAUACGACUUUUUUUUUAAAAUUCAACCAUUAUAAACGUCAGAGAAAUUUUUUUUGCGAUUACUUCUUUCACAUUAAUUCAUUGAGAUGAUUUUACAAGUUUUUUGCAUUCAUUUUGCAAGACUUUUUUGAUGGCAAUCAUAAGUUAACGUGGCAGGAAAUUAAUUAAUUUUUAGUUUUAGACAAUAGUGUGAAACAAUUGCUGGAAGUUACUGACAUGUACAGAUCGAGACUUCCUGCAGUUUUUUUGGAUGUGCGAAACCUAAUGCUUGGUAUUCUUUGUUGGGGGGGGGGGGGUACUCCUGGGAAUUCUUGCUAGGGGUGGGCCAUGCAGUUUCCCAAAUCCUGACCCUAUUUCCACACCUGUUUUCAGACCAGAUCUCUAAAAUCCAUCCCUGUUUUCAUACCUGGCCUUUAGGUAGAAAUUAUGUCAUCAUUACUUACGGUAGAGCUCAAACAAAAAAAAUUCUUCAAAUCCAUUUUGAAUUUACCUAUUUCCCUUUCCUUCUUUGAAACAAUAAAUUAAUACAUUCAUACACUCCCAUAGUUCCCUCGAAAACCAUACCUGAUUCCAGACCAAAAUGGGCAAAAUUUAUCUAUACCCAUUCUCAGACCAAAAAGGCCCAAAAACCCUAUCCUUUGGGGUGGCACAUACCUAUAUGGUGAAUGUGAGGGAGUAACCCCGCCCCUCUCACGCCUUAUUCAUGAUACCCAUCUUUGCACACGCUUAAGGACUGAACGCAAUGGUCUAAAAAUGAUGCGAUAUGGUUUCACAGGGAGCAAACAAGUCAUAAACUUUGCCAAUUCACAGUCAAGUUUGUCUCUCCUGGACAACAAAAAAGGAAGAACUUUCCAUCUUAGAGACAUUUGCAAAUUAUGGGUGGAGGUAAUCAUUGUUACCUUUGUGGAUGCAGUAGUGACCAUAGAUGUCCUCACAGCAAGCAAUAAUGAUGUAAAGUUAACUUGUCGAAACGCGAACUGUACAUUUUCCCAGGGGGUACUACAAGUGACGGAGAUGAUCUAAGAUUUUUUUGAGUUUAAAAGUUUUGAUUCUGGGAUUUUUUUGGGCAGGAAAAUUUGGCAAGUAUUUUUUUGGGUGGCUUGAUUUUAGUAGGGAUUUUUUCAGGUAUUCAAAACAAUCUGAAGAUUCAUGGUAGUGCCCAUGUAUCCUAGCCGUGUAUUUCUGCAAAUAAAGUACAACGAAACUUGUUUUGCUUUCUGGAAAUGUUUAAGGCUUGGAAAUUUGGCAUGGAAUUUUUUUGAGGCUAAUUUUUGGUCCAGUUAUUGGGUACAUUAACAAAACUAAAUUAAUGUCUUCUUGUUUUGAGAGGAUAAACAAACUUGAUGACAAUUGCUAGUAUUAGCAAUUUUUAUUAUUUGUUUCUGUAAAGAUGGGGGGUACUGUAAAUAAGGUCUAUUGUGUACACAUUAAGGAGUAUGGUUUUUAAUAAAGAGCUACUUCAAUUUUAGAUCUCUAGCAUGUCUUUGAUUUAGAUUCUUAACUGCUCAACCUAAUGCAUAAAUUAUCAUACCAUAUUAAUUUUCUUUUUAACAUUCUUAUGCCUCAAACUAUAAUUUAUUAAUUUGAAGUCAUAAACAGGCAUAUGUUUGGAGAGAACAAAAUUAUAUAAUAUAAUAUAAAAUAAUUAUAAGAUAUAUAAUAUUCGGUACCUGGAAGAAGUUCCAAUUUAUGGACCUUUGAUACACUAUUUAAUUCUCCUUUCAAAGCCGAGCAUUUUAUUUUUAAAUUAAAGGGAGAAUUAGCAGCUCAUUAGUGGUCAUUUAGGACUAUAUUCCUUACACCCGGCCCUCUUCAUUAAUGGGAUCAAAUUUAUAACUUAGGGCCUGUUUACAUGGAGUGGGGGACCCCGGUCUAGUGGGGUUGGUUUCUUUUGUUUUCAUGCUCUGGGGGACACAAAACAAAAGAAACCUACCCCACUAGACUGGGAUCCCCCACUCCAUGUAAACAGGCCCUUAUUGGUUAUUUCAAGUGACAUGUUCAAAUUUCAUAGGCCUGGGACAGUUUAAGAUGCAGAGCAAUCUAUUAUUGUUCUGCAUAUUUUAUCAGUCCAUGAAAUUUCAGUAAAAAUUUGCCCUUGGAAAUCAAACCAGGUUUCAUGUUAUAAUAGAGAUGUAAAAUGACAGGUGACAUUUUCGCUGAGAAGAUUUGGUUCUUUUUGGCCAGAUAUAUCGUGGUCAGAAAAUGGCUUGAUUUGCUUCAAAUGGCGUUUUGACAAAACUUACCGGGGAGUGAAUAUGUUUUAGUUCACUAUAUAUCUUAUGGUACAGGCCUCAGUUCUGCAGAAAGGUGGAUACUGAGUGCUAUUUACCGGACAAAUUUGAUCCAGUGGAUAGGGAACUUGGUUUCCAAAAUGCGCUUAUUGUAUAGCCAUUUGUCUGGUGGAUAAAUCCAGGUUUUGAACAACUGAAGCUUUUUUAUAGUAUCUGACAUCCUCAUGUUCUUUCACAGAUUGGAAGGUAAUUUCCUUUGUUUUUACUUCAUGAAUUAUUAAUAAGCUUCUCUUUUCUUUUUCAGAGUCAACAAAUCCUACUGUUGUAGAUGAGCAAGCAAUCUUUGCCAACAAUGAACUUGGCAUGCGACACAUUGAUGUUUAUGGAUUUGACUAUGAUUAUACGCUGGCCUCUUAUUCCACUGCACUACAUUUUCUAAUUUAUGACUUAGCUGUAAAGGAACUGAUUUCUACUUAUGGGGUAAGAAUUUAGUUGAAUUUAUAUGAUUGUUUUAUUUAAGAAAGGAGAAGCUCCCAUCCAGAACAUUCAGGAAAAGCAGCUGUAACACCAACUCCCCCUUAAAAAAGUUGUUUCACGAAGAUACUUAAUUAUUCUAGAUAUCCUAAAACAGGUUUUUGAAUCAUUUGGGAAGAUCCUUGUUUGGUAACCCUAAAGACAGGGCAGCUGCAAAAGAGUUACUCGUAGAUGCUUCCUUUUGAUUAAGUCCAAACCUUAAUCUUCAGAGAUUCCAGGGACUAUUUAUGUUCCAGAGCACUGUUUGACCACUUCACCAUCCCUACAUAGCAUAUACAGUUUAACCUCCUUCAUCGGGGAUGGGUGGGGGGGAGGUUUAGGGAAGUUUGCAUAGAUGAAGAGCUUCUUAUACAAGAAAAAACGUUUUUGAGGCUAUGCUGUGAGGAAAAUUGCAGGGAGCACACCCUUCUAAGCAUGAACCUGUGAAAUCAAUGGUUGGCCCAGCAUUGGAUUUGUAUGAAAAAGCUAAAAUUUCCUAGUCGCUCAAAUUAAGCAAAAGUAAGGGGCCUUAAUGUGCAAACCAGCUACUGCUAGAGCACAGCCCUGGAUUUGUUUAAACUGCCCCUGUUGGUUGUCUGUCCCAGGUUUAAACCCGAAGCCCAUCAUCUCAACAGUGUCAACUGUGCUGUGCUAUGUUUUACUGAAACAAAAGCAAAGUACAAAUAUAUAAUUAAAAAAAAAAAAACAGUUGGUAAUGCCUGAUUUCAAUACCUUUAGUAUCCUAGAGGAAUCGAGGAAAUGAAAUAUGACCCUGACUUUGCCAUAAGAGGACUUCAUUUUGAUACAAGUAGUGUAAGUAUUGACCAAUAAUAAUUAACAUUAACAACUUAGUAUUGAUUAUUAACCCUUUAAGUCCCGUGAUUGACUAACUACAGUUUUCUCCAAACAAUAUCAAUACAUAAUCAAGAGAAAAGGGUAUAAAAACAAAAUUAAUAAACCAAUCAUUUACAGGAAAAUUGAUUGAUCUGUUAUCAAUUUCUACCAGUCACUUUUAAGAAUUUGUAACUGGAUUUUGGGGCUUAUGGAGGGUUAACAGACCUCUAUGAGGAAUUGAGCAAAGAAAGAUCCAUCAAGGGAACUUUGCAACCUAAAUCACAGGUUUGGUUCUAGAAAAGGGGGAGGUGAGGUUUGAAUCCUCCAUGGAGGAUUGGGGAUAUUUUCUGGAGCAACACGUAACUCCAGCUAAAACCUAGAGUUUUUUAAUAUACUGAAGAAGAAAAUGAAUAAAUAAGCUAUUUAGCCCCUAUAGAGGCAUGAUGAGGUUUCCAAGUCAAAUUAUUGUAGUUAUAUUUUGUGCAGACAAUGAUAUUUGGUUAUGAUCCUUUAAUGUUGCCAGUGUUGUUAUAAUUAGACAUUUAUUUUAGUUGUCAUACAUCCUCUGUAAAGGCUGGUUUUCACCAGUGAUGAAGUUGGAAUGUGACUUGUAAGCAGAGUCAUAAGAGCACUUAUGGUCUAGUGAAAAUCAAAAAUCGGAGUGGUAAGUGGCGUCAAAAGUGUGACAGAAUCGGAGUCAGAAGAAUCAGAAUGUUUCCAUUUUCCCCUGACUCCGCUUACAACCCCCAUCGCUUACUUUAAUAUGUGAAAACUAGAUUGUUGGAGUCUGAAGCAGAAGCAGAAGGAUAAACCAAUCACAAUGCACAUUCCUACGCUUUGUGAUUGGUUGUCAGUUCUUUCCCUUCUGCUUGCGACUCCGAUGACCCAGUUUUCACUUGAUCGUAAACGACGGAGUCAUAAGCAGAAUCAGAAUGUUGUUUUCAAGUUGUACACUUCUGAUUACGCCACUGACUCAGACUCUGUCCUUAGUGAAAACCAGCCAUAAGCGCCCCGGAGGCUUAUCUAUUUGACGUGAGGGGAGAUAAUUUAAUUUAGCGACAAUAAUGUGACAGUUCUCCAUGAAAAAGUGAAUGCAAAGUGGCAAUCCCCAGGUACAUGAAGUUGGGGGGGCGGGGCUUAAUAGAGAAUUUAUGGUAAUAUUUUUUGACUGAGCAGCUCUCAUUUUUUUUCACAUUAAUUGUAAGAUUGUGGUAAACAUGAGCUUCUUGUUGGUAACUGUCAGCUCAGUCACUUGCUGGUUUACUUGUAGGGUUUCCUUCUUAAAGUUGAUGCCUUUCACAACAUAAUGUUAGGUUCUGUUUACAGGUAUGUUUAUUGAACACUGUAGCUACUUUAUUAUUGCAUUAAAUUAUUUCAUGUGGUUGCAUACUAGAAAUACUCAUGUCUGCAACCCACAGAGGGACAAGGGGCCAUUUGAAAUGUAGAAGAAAGAUUAGCUAGAGGGUGCCAAUUUUUCUUAAGUGAAGUUUGAAGCUCAACUAAAGGAAGAUGUUUUAAGAGUGGUAGGAUGAAGACGUCAGAUGAUUCAAACCAAAGUCUUCAUAUAUUCUUGAGCAGCACCUUUUAACAGUGAAAUGUUUCACUUUUUCAGGGGAUUACAGCCAGUGCCCAAUGAAGAAGUAUUUAAAAUUUAUGAAGGAACACAUCUUGCUAUAACAAAAAUAAACCCCUCAAAUUUCCUCAACGUAAGUUCAAAUGAGAAAUUGAAUUUUUCACUCUUUUUGGGAACAGUUAGAAAACAAUGAUGAUAAGUAAUAUUUAAGACAGAAGACAUAUACAUGUAUUUAUUAAAAUAAUGAGAUAACAUUAAAUUAUUUUUUCGAUAUACAGGUUUAAAAUAUUUGUCAUUGUAAAUGUCAUUUCAUAGAAAAAAUGUCAGAAUGCUUAGAACUCAGAUUUUUCAGCUAUUUAAAUGUUAUAUUCUUAGGCUUAUUUCAGACUAAGGGCCGGGUAAAACUCACAAAAAAAAAAUGAAAAAAAUGCAAUAAUUAUUGUAUUGCAGACACUUGACAUAUUAUUUACGAUUGCAUUUUUUCCAUGGAUAUCAUUUUCUGUAUAAUUAUGAAAUUAUUAGAAAAUUAAUUUUAAACUUUUUUAGGCUUUAGUGUAAUUUCUACUUGGGACUGUGUUGCUCAGGUAUUAGGGACCUUAAGAUCCAAUGAUAGCAAUGGCAAUGAGAAUGGUAAAAAAGCAAUUAAUAUAGGUUUAACAUUUUUGCACCUGCACUAUGUGUCAUUUUAGGGUCCAAGAAGAACUAUGCACCAUAUGAUUGAUCUGUUCUCUUAUCCUGAAAUGGUCCUCUUAUCUAAUGUUAUCGAGGUAAAGCUAAAAAGUUGAGAACUUUUCAUCUGUUACUCAACUAAGUUUUGAGAGUUAAAUCACAUUAUUUGUAAAUAUUUAUAUUUUUCUUGUAAAACUGAAGUUAACACAGUUUGCAGGGGAAAGUAAUUAAUGACAAGCAAAUAUUUACUAUGAAAUGGCCAAGCUAAAGCAGUGGGUGCCUUCUUACACCCUCCUAUCAUUUUCUUAUACCUUUCAUUCAGCUUUUGCACAUCCAAAUCAACUUUUAGAAAUAAUAGUCUUUGUGUAGCCAAAAAACGAAAAAACAAACCAAAGUGCCUGCUGCGUAAGCUAGCUGAAGACUGGCACCAUUCCUCAAGGCUUUAUCAGCAUAUGCCAGUCUUCUGGCUCUUCCCUCACCCACCCUAAUACCUAUCUCUCCCUUGUACACCCACCUUCUUUGGUAUGACCAGGGUACAGUGGAACCUGGAUAUAAUGAAGGGCCAAGGGACUGGCAAAAUUUGUUUGCUACAACGAGGUUUCAGCAUAUCAAGCUUUUUUUUCAUAUAUUUUACUAUUACUGGGGUAAAGAGAAUCGUUCGUCAUUUGGAGGACUUCAUUAUGUAAAGCUUCACUAUAUCGAAGUUCCACUGUAUUAAUUUCCCAAGUGAGUAAGCAUUUUGUUUAUGGAGAUGUCAAGCAGACUUUCCUGAUUUCUAUUGGUUGCCCAACUUCUAGAAAUUUUAGUUUUUAAGUGAAAAAUAUCAUACUGGAAUUUUCUAUUCAUUAAUAAAAUAAUAAAUAUAACAAAUAAAUAAUUAUUAAAUAAUAAAUAGUGCAUACUGCUACUCCUCUUUAUAUAUAUUUUUUGUUAUGUAGUUUUUUCAGCAGAAAGGUAUUCCUUAUGAUCCUGAGUAUCUGUUCAGAGACUGUCAGGUUAGUUUAUAAUUUUUCACUUCUAAUUUUUGCAGGUGUAGCAGUGGGUUUAAGACAACAACUGCAAAUCUUGCUUUGAAAUCCAGCCUGUAAAGGACUUUACAGCAAGACUCUUGUCAUGCUUUAACUUGUUACCCCCCUAAGACCUGAACAAUUCACUCCUAUAUCUAAACCUAGACACUAGACUAUUAUUUGCGUUAUUAGUAUCAAUGACAAAUUCAGUUCAUGUGACCCAAUGGAGUCACGCAAGUCUUCUAAUAUCUUGGUUACAUGAUUAAGCUCCUUCUCCUCCUUCUGUUACAAAAGUUUGCAUUUCCAGUGUGUCAAUUAAUUUAAUAUUGUUAAUGGUGAUGGCAAUGAUGAAGACUAUGAGCAGUCUCUUUUUUUUCAGUUGUAGUGAGGGGACUUCAUGCACACACUAGACAUGAGAAACAAGGGUGGCCUCUCACGCCUCUAAUCAUGCUAUUGGUCUUUUUUAUGUUUCGCUCAAUGGACUAAAGAAAAAAGAGACUGCUCAUAGUCUAGUGAUGAUGAUGAUGAUGAUAAUGUAAUGUUCAAUGUACGGUGUUAUGGCUGCAGUUAUGUUUUGAGUGUCUUAUCUAGCUUUUUUUCUUUAGCAAGCUGUGGAAGCUGUUCAUAAAUCUGGAAAGAUGUAUCAUGCAGUCAUAAGUGACAUAGGUAAACCUCUUUUCAAUGACUUGUUUAACUUAAAUUUCUGGAAAUUUUUAUGGUGAAUAACGAGUGAAAAGGACAGAGAUGGAACUUUGAUAACCUUCCUGCAAGCGUAAAAGUCUGAUAAUAGUGCUGGCAGAGUAAAGUUAGGUUAUAGCUCAUUUCUGAUGCAGGCAUUUUACAGGGAAUUGUAUGCCUUCAAUACAUAACUCCGGAAUUUUGGGGGAAUUUUAGACAUCAAAAAGAAUUUUAGAAAAUCAUGGGAAUUUUCGGGAAAAAAAAUUAACCAAUUCGAGAAUUUUAGAGCAAUUUGAACUUUCACUUGACAUCUUGGCAACAUUUCACAGGCAAACACGUUGACAAAACGUUUUUGUUUGUAUUCCAACCUACCAAGAGAGGUGUCAGACUGUUCAUAUCCUACAUAUACCGUCACAUAUACCAGUGUCUAGAGCAAUGAGCACAGCGGUUUUUCAUCAGAGUCAUCUACACUACAACUUAUCAGCGGUUAUUCAUCAAAAGGGGACGUACAACUCAUUGUUUCUUGUUGCUAUAAAAAAACCCCGAAAUUUUUAAGAAUUUUCGGUAAUUUUAGAGAGUUUUUGGAGAAUUUUAGACAUUUCUAAAAGAAUUUUAGAGGUUUUUGCGGGAAAUUCCGGAAAGAAUUUUAGACAAUUUUUCGGGAAUUAUGUAGCUAAGCCUAACAUUUGUUCAUUGAGCGUAGAAGACUACAUGCAGUUGUGGGAAUUCUAAGAACUUUUCGUCCGCCAUGUUUUUACAGAAGAAGCAGCAUACGUACUAGGCAAGAAUCGAGUACGCCGGCCGAGAUGUUUAGCCUUUUACCCGUACCAAAUCAUAAUUUCACAUCGUUUAGCACGGUACAAAAACGGACGUGUAAUUGAGUAAUGAAUACUGUUUUUUUGGUACGCGUACUACUUCUAUCCGAACCGUGUCAGAACUUUUCUGCCGUGUAAAAGGUGCUUUUAAAUCAAAUUCAUGACUCGGCCCGGGUAAGUCAUGGAGGACACGCUGGAAUUCAAGGUUUUUUUUCAAGCCCCAUUCUGUUGUGACAGUUAAACUGGGGACAAGAGCCAAUAUCUUUGGCAUUUAUUUCAUGUUUUUUGGGGACUUUUGUUCCGUUGACAAAAUACAGUGCGGUAUAUUAGUGGUGUGUUUAACAGCUUUUAACUAUCAUUUUUAUUUUCUUUUUUCAUCAGGUUCAUACUUAGAGAAAAGUUCCCGUCUUGGAGAACUGCUUAACAGACUUGUCUCGUCUGGGAAAAUGCUGUUCUUGAUUACCAACAGUGGCUAUGAGUUUGUGUAAGACUAACGAAUUAAUCUUUAUACUCUGAGUAAGCACAGCAAGCCGGAAGAUAUACGUUACCGGCUCCAUCCGCUCAUCGCAGCGCGAUGGGUGGUUACUUAGUCCUGUUUAUUUCAUGUUCUAAUGACAAAGGGAGGUAACUAGUUUACGACUCGCCUGACAGCCUACAAGACCAGACUGACUACCUAAACAACGUUUUUAGUAAAAACAUCUACAACGCUCAUAGUAACACUGAUUCCAGCACUCAGACCAACGUCAACUUUGGACCUGUUACGACGGCGACUAUACCGUAUAUCAGAGGCACCUCUGAAACUAUCGCACGUAUUCCACAACCUAAAGAAAAAAAAAAUACGCGUUGCUCACAAACCGAUAACCAUUUCACGACGGCUACUUACUAAUGUUAAGGACAAAGACAAACCGGAGGAAAGACAGGGAGCAGUAUACAAGAUCAACUUCCGCGACUGACGGGCCACUUACAUUGGUGAAACCGGCAGAAACCUUAGCUCGCGACUGACUGAACACAAACGAGCGACAAGAAAUAUUGACGUCAACAAUCACAUUGCUGAGCACCGUUAAGUGGCAGAUGACCAAUAACAUCGCGAUUUAAUUGACCAAUCACGUCAAUAACCACGGUAUAAUACCAUCAUUUGACGUGAUACAACUCACUCUGACGCUGAAGCUGACUACCGCGUAGGUUGUCGAAACGUCAGUCACUGUCAACAACAACAGUCCUAUUUAGGACUACGUUCACCCGGACGAUCAUACUCAACUUACUUAUGAAUUAAAGGGAGGCAUUCUUUUACAUUUUACAACGACCACAGACAGAAUACUAAAAUAAAUGCUUCAAACUUUCGAACAAAAGAGAAAUACUGAAAAGUAAAAGAAAGCCCAGAUAGAGAAAACUGAAGAAGACUUAAACGGAUUGUACUUUGCUUGUUUACAAGUUCGUUACUGUUUGUAUCAAGGUGUCACUUAUAGUGCUCGGAAAUCGAGUCCAUUUGAUAUGUUGGAAUGAUUUUGUCAAUUUAAGGCGUUUCUUUUAAAAGCUCGUAGGUCAUAAGGGACUUGUUAAAAAGUAUAGAGGGGAGGGGGAGGGGGGUGGUCCGGAGCAUUUGGAAAUGUAGUUGGUAAAAGAUACAUGGCCCAUCCCACCCAUGACACGAAAAUGACUGUAUUAAAACAUGGUUUUUUGGUUUUCUCUUAAAAUUCCAAUAAAACCUUGUUCUGUGUAUUACAAAAUCAUAAAUCUCUAGCCUAUUGCGUCGACUCGUAAGUUCGUGAUAAUGUGAAACGUGACCUAAGAGUUUUCCACUUUCUUUCGCUUUUUUUGGAAGGCACUAUGGAACACUUUAUUAAUGUCUGAAGCUUGCUCUUCUCCGUUGUGACCUGUUUUUGAAAUGGGCUGGCCCACUUGAUACCCUUUCUUGCCUGCGUGUGCGCCGGUUUUCCAUAACAAAAUACGGGUUCGUUCCUUAGAAGGGCUGACCGUUAUUAUUUGAUUUUACCCCGUAAUGCCGAUAGCUGUAGCUAGCAGUGGAGACGAGAGCUUCUGGCGGGGGUGGGGGAGUUUCAGCUGCGAAAAUACUGAUCCACAUCAAAAUAGCGGACUGACAGGGCAAACAACUGAACUAUUCACCCUGUUUAGGCGUCAAGCGAAAUCCCUGCAGCUUGCUUUUGCUUAUUUAGUCAUAGAAAACUCAAAGUACUUGUCUGAAUCAUAGCUAUAACUAUAGUAAUGUGAUAUUGCGUAUUUGUUUGACUUGACAGGAAAAAGGGUAUGGACCACAUUGUUGGCAAAGGAUGGCGCGAUCUGUUUGAUGUUGUUAUAACAAAGGCUCGUAAACCUUCUUUUUAUCAUCAUCAGGCAUCAAGGUUUGUUCCUUUAAGUAUGUAGCAGACAUAUAGCUAACAUAGCUGAUCUAGGUUGUUUCAUGGUUCAUAUUUGUAUUAUUUCUGGCUUAUUACUAGGAUGAGGUACAUCGUAGGCAUCUUGUUAACCGCCUCUUUUUAGCCUAAUUGACUGGUGCCUGGCUGUGGAACGGUGGUCCGUGGGUUUUUUCGGCGGGAAUGAAACUCAGGAUCUUUAAUAACUGACGGAAACACAUUGGUACCUUUGGCCACCUUUACUCUGACAUCUGCUGAUGUUUAGACAUUUAUAGUCCUCUCGGAUAAGGAGAAACAAAGUAACGCCUUUUCUGACAUAAGUGCACCCCGUGGGUCAGGGACGUUGACAAAACACAAGAGAUUGUAUUGUAUUGAGUAUCUCUUACCGCAGCAGGAUUAGCUCAGUCAGUAGAGCUCUUGACUGCAGAGCGGGAGGUCUUUGGUUCGAUUCCCGGGGCCGGACCAAUACUCAGAGUCUCAUACGGCUAGACCUUCGCGUGGCUCGGAUGACCACGUAAAAUUGCGGUCCCGUCUCCAGUAGGAGGCGUAAAAGUACUUUCGUGUUAAAUACAGUGCAUUUUUUCAGUUGAUAUACAAAGCAUUCGUAAUUCAUGACUCCGUUAAUGGUAAACUGCACUAAAAACAGUCUGGUAAUUACCCCCUCCCCCCACCCCUCACACCGAAAUACAGGUUAUCUCUGUAAAGCUCCACGGGGAGCGAAUAAUGCGAUAUCUGUAUUUUUGUUAUGAUCUUACAUGGAUUCUCCUCAUAAUUUGGUUGUGUCGUCUAACUAGUUGUUUUGGUAGUUCUUAUUCUAUCUGGGUCGUGAAGUUUUUCUUUGCUUCAUGUUUGCGAGAUUGUUUGAUUUCUUUUAAGGGUGCGAGUUCCACCUUUAGUCGGCUUACCUAAGUGUAUCACUACAUACUGAGUAGUAUAAAAGUAAGAACAAUCUGUAACAUGACAAUGAAAUUGACUGCCGUUGAUAUUAUGAGACAACAAGAGACUUGUAAAAAAUAAGAGAAAUAAGUUUUUAAAUUUUGCAGGCCUUUUAGAUGUGUGGACACCAGAUUAUAUCAUCCAACAUGGCAGAAGGUUUCAGCUUUGUGUAAAGGACAAGUGUAUAUGGAGGUAAUAAGACACUUCGCCCUGCGCUGUUAACUGUUAACUUGGUUGCUAAGCAACUAGGAAGCAGUUGUUUAGCAACCGAGUAACGCAGUUCAUGUAGCCUUACUUGAGCAAAAGCUUAUAUAGCAUACUGCAAAAGGAACAGUUGUGAGACUUCAUUACUUUGAUCAAACUUGUAGAGAAACGGAAAUGAACAAUGGCCAGAUAACAAUAGGGACCUUUAGAUGUUAUGCACCUAUCAAUGUAAACCCCGUGGGGGGGGGGGUGCGGGCAAGGGGUGGGGAUUUGACAAAUUUUAAAAUUUUUUGAUCAAAUUCCCCAGGGUGGGAAACGAAAGGUCAAUCAAAAGUGUCAAAAAAGCCCCCACCCCAGGGAAAAAAUCUAAACAAACAAUACUAUAAUACUAUAUAAAACGAAUAAAAGAACAUUUCAAAGGUACGUUCUUACUGCUUUUAUUAAAGGUUAACGUAAGUUCCGUUAAAUUACUCGCUGUAAUUAAGUAUUUUCUCUCUCCACUAGCAUCUCUUAUUUUGAACAACAUAAUCACUCCAGGAAGAUGGACCAUGCCAUUACAUUAAUGAAACGUAAAAUGCUCAUCAUGUCGGAACAGGUCGGAUCAGUGACCCGUAAAAAAUACUCUGACUUUCAUGGUAAAAUUCGAUUUCAAUCGAGGUUUACAAUCAGAUGGGAACUUGAAGAUAAAAACUUUCUCAAAAUAAACAUUAGGGCCAUUUAUACGAGGAAAAAUAAGACGCGAAGACGCGAACUUUCCGUAUAAACGGCACAUUUCGUCUAAAAUAAGACGCGGCUUAGCUAAGACGCGUCUUAAAAGAUAAGACAUGCUCUUAUAAAUGGUACAGUUCGCGUCUUAUUUAAGACGCGUCUUAUGUAAGACGCAUCUUAUUUUUCCUCGUAUAAAUGGCCCUAUUAUCUGUUUAGAUAACAGUGUAAAGUAUCGGAUUACCGCGAUUAAAACAAAUGAAAACUUCAUACCUUUCUCCAACAGUGUGACUUUCAGAAAGCCUCGAGGGACGGACCUGGUAACCGCUUCUGAAUUGAUACCAGGCUUCUAUCGGUCAAAGUCAAAUGUCCCGGCCCCGGGGUCGCUUCGCACGAUCAAAAGCCCGACAAGGGGAUAGUCUCAGGCAUCAAAUCCCCUCCCCUUGCCCGCACUCCCCCCUCACGGGAUUUACAUUGAUAGGUGCAUUACUUAUUUUUUCUCGCGUAUUGUCAAAAAAUAGACACCCGAGAAAGCUUCACUGUACUUUUUUCACAUUUUUUUUCUCAGGGUUCGUUUUAUUGAAGUGGGUUAAACCCUCUCCCUGAUCGCAAAAUGAUCAAACACUUACAUUUGAUAACUUAUUCCCGCCACUACGACUUUCUCGCCGAAACUCCUAGUUGAACGACGACGGCCAUUACGUUUUCCCGACGCAACAAGACGGCAGAAAGAAGAGGACGGUAGAACGCUUGUGUGUGACAAACGUGACAGGGCUAUUACUCGUAAUCUUCACUAAAUAUCAUUGUUUUUUAGUCUUUUGCAAAAAGAUCUGUUUAAAGGAAGAUGAAGUUUGAGGCAAUUUUUUUUCAAACAAAAUUAUUGUCACGCUUGUCACACAAGGUUUGCCGUCCCCUCAGUGCUCUCCUGUCCUGUUGCGUAAGUUCACUUAUGACGCUGGUUCACGCGUAAGUACUACCUAGUAUUGAGAAAAUCUCGUCCAUUUUGUCGUUCUCUUAUUAGAGUCUAAAGGUCUUUAAUGCCGUUGGGGGUCCUACAAUUUUAAAUAUUGCAAAUCGUCCACAAUUUUCCUUGGUCUAUGCUUGUAACAACCAUAGAAUUGACAUCAAAAUGUCAGUUCAAAACUCGAGUGGAACUACAUAUAUGAUCACCACCAUCACGUCAUUCCCAUGGUCUGUACUCUCAUCGUCCAUCGCAUUCGACCAAUUAGCUCGCGAGAAAUCAAAGGCCUUUGACCUACUAUAUCGACGUUUAUUAAUGGCGAAGCCUUCUCCUCAGAAAGAAACAUUUUAAAAAUCUAUUUCCACGGUCCGCAGUAUGGUGGACGAAGAGCCGCAUUGUUAAUGUGGUACCACUAAAACCAUAAUCAUAACUGUUUGUUUAUAUUUAUAUUUGUAUUUAUAUUUAUAUUUAUAUUUAGUAUAUACUAAAACAGUGGAUAGUGUUUUUCGCGCGCUCUGAUUGGCUACUCAAAAUCCGGAUAUCAAGUGCUAUUCACUGAUUUACCUCCAGUUCCUCCGAGCAAACGACGCCAAACUCGCGGCUCGGUAAUACACCACUAGUCAGCUUCACUUCGGUGAAUAAUUGUUAUAUAUUUCAGUUUGCCUAAUCUAGGAUCAUAAUACAAUUUAGGAUACGAUCACCUCUACAAUACAGGCAAUGACUCGUAGUUCUUAAUUUUUUGUCUUAAAUCGGAUGUCUAAUUGUAUUUAUCACUUGUGUCUGCUUUUUUAGGGGAAUAUUGAACAGUUUGUAAAGUUCACAGGCUGGUAUGGUCCAAAUGUGCUUUAUUUUGGAGAUCAUGUUUAUAGUGACUUACGGGUAAGAUGAAGAUGAAAGGAGUGUCAUCUCGUGUCUGCAACCAAAGUUUACCGUUAUUCUUUUGUCUUUACCGCUUACGUUUACUUUUAGUCAUCAGUGCAAUCAGUGAACGUACCGGUACUUAUCGUUUCUUCCGCAACAACUUCAUCUCCCCACCAUCCAUUUCACUAUACGUAACGGAAGCCUUUAGUUUAAACGGAACUUCCGUCGACCAUCAAUUUAGCGGGACUGUGAAAUUCAACCAUUUUCUGUGGUGUAUGGGAGCGCCUUAUUAUCCUUUGUACUCUACCCUAUCUUGUUAACUUUUCAAAAUCGAGUUGGCAACUACAAAGGGAAAAUACUUAGCGCUGGUUGGUCUGAAAAGAGAGCAAAAGAAACUUGUUUCAAUCUGUUCUUUGAAACACAAACCUACCACCAAGCCUAAAACACAUUUGAGUCUCUUCAAACCACGCAGAACGAUAACUCAUUAUUUCAACGGAGUUCUUAUUAAUUUGUGGAUAAAUGAAAAACGUAUACGACAAGGUCUGGGUUUCUGAGUAAAUCGAUUUGUAUAUUUAUUUAUUUGUUUAUUUAUUUACAAACUUCGCCAAGUGGCCUAGAACACUCACAGACCAGGCCCCACUGCGAGACUGCGAGGUCCAGAGAAAAAUAUAGUUUUUAAAAUAAUGACAACGCGCAGGUAGAAACAAUAGAAUAAAAAGCAACAACAAACAGGAUAGGAGCAAACAUCGAUAAAUCAUUAUUUGUUGUAAAGGAAUUUAUUCAGGUACAGAAUGGAAUUUCUUGAUGAGAAUCAAUAGUUGAUUAUCACGUGGCUUUCACCUUCACGUGCGUGCGAGCAGCGCUCAUUUUUUAAGUUACAGUGACUUGAUAUACUGCAUUUUAUUUUUAACUUAUUGCAACAUUUUAUUCGUAGGAUCCUGUUCUUCACCAUGGCUGGAGAACUGGAGCCAUAAUUCCAGAAUUAGAGGUAUGUAACCCUUCUUUUUUGUAAGUUGAAAAGAAGAAUUAAAAUUAAGGUGGCGUGACCCGUGUUACGUCAGGAUUCAUCAGGAGGUGCCUACCGAAUCUUGCUGCGGCAGUACAAAAUCAGAUUACAUGUCACAAGUGCAGGUUAGACUUUACAGGUCACUGUGCUCAUGGAAUAAACAACACUAAAAGUGACUGUUUUGUAGUCCUAAUCCGACCCAAUAGAGUCUUAGCUUAAGGGGAAACUGCUUAUCUCUUUUAUUUAUCAGUAGAGCAGUGACCUGCAUUUGUGACCUGUGACCUGUGACCUGUGACGUGUCAAUGUUGCUGUGUGUGAUUGCAUACUCAAGCGAACAAGUCAUACAGCAGUAUUGUUCGCGAUGUAUUUCCCACCUGUUUUUCCGCAUAAGCAAAGUUUCUUUGAAGUUCGUACACCGCAACACAUAAAAGGCAUACGGCAGUCUAUCGUAAGUCACAUAAAGCUGUGUUACUCCCGAAAUAUCUCACUAGAUUCUCUCAUGUCCAGGUUUGCACACAGUUGCAGGGUUGACGUAGACUUCGAGCAGUCUCUCUUUUUUCUUGGUCCGUCGAGCAAAACGUCCGAGACACGCAAAUGACCAAGCGCGUGACUGAAGGCGCGAGAAGGGAUAGGCACAACGCGUAUUUCAUUGGGUCUGGCUAUGUGGGCAGUCUCUCUUUUUUCUUCUCGGGCUGCCGCUAUCGUUCCUCGCGUCUCGCGGCUUCGCCGCUCAACGCUCUCGCGCGCAUGCACUCCCCUUACUAAACCUGAAGCAAAAGAGAGACUGCUCGAAGUCUAGGAUUGACGAUUUUUCUCCCGCUUGCAAAAACCGUGAAAGUUGUAAGGUUGACUGAUACUGACUUGACUAAUUUUCCUUUUUUGGCAAAUUUCUUAUUUUUUCGGCUGCGUGCAAACGUGGAUAUAUGUCACCAGAUUUUGCCCUUAUUAGCACUUUAGUAGCGCGGAGGCAGCGUGGCGGAGCGGUUAGAGCCCUGGACUAUAGCUUGCUGGAUUUGUUCUCGGUAGUCCCGCGUUCAAAUCCUCAGCCACGCUUGUACAAUAGCCAACUGGUUCGCCUCCAAGCUACCUGCUGGGAUUUUUAACCGUGCUAUGUUAUGUCUCAUUUAAUUAAUUGUUUCAUUAUCUCUAAAAAGCCCCAUAAGGGGAGAGGAUAAUUAAGCAUUUUUUACUUUAUUUAAUAUUAUCACUUUUGCAGAGACGAUUUCGUUUUCAGUAUUUUAUCUUUAUUCCGGUCACACUCAAGAAAAAAGCAAUCGAACAAUUCGUUACUCCGUGAUUAUUCCCUUUCUCCCUCCCACUUUUCGUCCUUGGGAGAAAGAAUUGUACAUCUGUGUCCGUCACAGAACAUGCAGCAUUUGUAUUAUGAAAUUACUCUUCGAUUCAUUUAUGUUUUGUUAGAGGGAAAUCAGGAUGGGCAACUCCCCAGAAUUUCAGCGAUCUGUUAUCUGGUUAAGUUCACUUCAAGAUUUUAUCAACCAGCUGAAGGUCAGUGAAUUAUUUCUAAUUAAGUUUAAGAUAAACUUCCUCUAACAGCCGCCUCUUCAUGACUGCCCUUUAUGCCCUUUUUUUUUCAGCAUCUCAAUUGGUCAUUGCGAGGUUUAAAUAAGCUUUGAGUCACAGUGUUGAAUUGCGUUAUGGAACGUUUUGGAGGACGAGUUUUGACCCAUUUUACCACGCAAAGUCGUAAAACCAAUCAAGGAAGUGAUAGUCCCCGGAACAGUCCCAUAAAGUACAACUGGACAAAACUCUAACCUAUUGGCGAUCCCAAACUCAAAAUGGCCAAUUUCGGCCUCACUCCUCUCUACAGCCGUAAAUGGCUACUAAAUUGCGUCCUAACUGCCAAAGGGUACGGAGUUUUACCAACCACGACGAAAAUGGGAACGUCAAAGACAAAAAGAAAUAGGCUUAAUGCACAGUUUGGUUCAUUUCUUUGCCGUCACUGCACGACUAAGCCAUAAAUUUCCGAAUGCGGUGUUUUGCCGAGUACGUGAGCACACGAGGAAACUUUUUUCUUUACGUUUCUGAACUUUAAUGCUCUCCCUAAGCAACCGUCUCAAGGAAAAUUGGCCUGAGUGCGUGAUUUAAGAAGUUUAGUGGGUUGGAAUAAUCUGUAUUGUAAACUCGGUGAAAGUUAGUGUUGUUUUGCUUUUUAUGGUUUCAUGAAAUUGGAUUCAUAUUCUUGUUUUACUUUUUGCAGGCUCUCCCUCAAGGCCCAAGAAAAAGUGAACUGACCGAGGAGUGGAAGCGAGAAAGAAGAGAGCUAAGGUGAGAAUCAUCAGAACGUUUUCAGGCUGGUGUGCGAUUGAGCUGGUCCCCAUUAAGUUUACGUACUUAAUUUCUUUUAGUUUAUAAAAUUUCACCUUAAAUACCAUAAUAAUUGUAAAAACCGGCAGUUGAAACCGUACUCGUACGGGUAGCCGGUAUUUCGAGUGAAGAAACUUCGCAGUGGUGAGGUGGUAGUCCGUUUGUUUGAUCAUAAGUACACACACACUCUCUAUCGACCAUAUUACAACAUGUCAUUACGUUUUACAAUUUUUAUAAAUUGAGCAUGUGGCCGUGGGUUUCUCAAUUCAUCAUUUUCACAUAGACCAUAAUGCACCCUGUCUACCCCCGAAAUUUUACAGAACCAUUGUCUUAGAUUUCUAUUGGAACGACCGUAAUACCCAGGAGAAAUUGGAAACAAUGGUUAUGCAAAAUUUUGGGGGGUAAACAAGGUGCAUUAUGGUCUAUGUGAAAAUUUGGAGGAUAAGGCGACGUUCACGCGGCACAAGACGAAUUUCGACCUGCUAAAAAAUUGGACAGGACACUUUCAAUAUUUUCGCCCUGUUCACACGGAACUAAGCAACCGAGUUGAAUAUUAACCUUUCUUAUCGUGGUUUUCAUUGCUGGCGAGCCUUAUGCGAGCCAGCACACUAUUCUCUUUAAUAAUUCCCUUCAAUAGCGGGAAAAAAGCCAAAAUUUUGUCACAUGUAAGAUCAGGAGCAUGCGCUGUUCAUACUUAUGUGCGAUGACAUCACAUAAAACGCACGUGGACGAGAUCGACAGAUUUCGGGUGCAUUUCCAGAGUGCAAGCAGAUUAUAAACAAGGUGAGCGGUUCCUCGUGAUUCAUCUCACGACGGAAGUAUUUCCAAAUGCAAGUAAGGGAAUGUAAAUAUAUACUGUAUACAUGUAUAUAAACAAGCAGUUACUAAAAGGCCUCGUUUAUCAUCUGCUUGCACUCUGGAAAUUUACUUGAAGGGCUUUCCCCUUUAACACAUCACAAAUUAUACAUGGAAAUAACUUAUUGUUCUUUUACCCACUUUAUUUUUUUCGGGGUUAUUUUCAUUUUAUUUUUAAACUGUUUCUCCGAAUUGUCUUCCAGCUUUGUCGCCAGCAUUUGCCUUCAACUUGAAACUCCUAGUUAUAUGCCUAUGCGCAGAUCGCUUCUUUACUCAGCAAGUCCAAAAUGGCGUCUCCCAGCUGAGUUACCACGCAUCCAUGCCUUUGCUUCAAAACAUUCAAAGGGUCAUGGUGUUCACACCGCGCUGCUCCAAUUUGCGACCGUAAUGGCUAAAAAGUUGACCUAUAUUUUGGCUAGACGGCUAGACGUCUAAAUUUUCGUACGGUCAGAGCGGAACACCUAAACGCAAGAAUUUUCCAAUGGUCGAAAAUUCGUCCGGUGCCGUGUUAGCCUCCCACGCAGACGUUCUUCGCAGACGUUCAGACGUUCUUCUUCGUCACGUGCAGAAAAGGAACCCCUAAGAACGUCUUCGUGGGAGGCUAGUGCCGUGUGAAAUGACGCAGCCUAAAAGUCGUAAGUAGCGAAAGUAGACAGAACUAGCCUGUUCGAGGUUUUUAGAUAGCGGAGAGUAGCGCAAAAUGGAGCCGGAAAGGGAAAAAAAGCGGUUUAGGGGCCGACCAUUUGACUUUUGAGAGGGGGUAUGGGUGAUUUCAGAAAAAAUAUCCUGCAGACUGACUUCGAGCGAAAAAAAAUCGUGCAAGUAAAUACCUGUGGCUUUGUAUGUCAGGGAAAAAAAUUCUAUCAACAGAGGUUUGCGAAAAAAAUUCUUACGCAAAGCAAAUCACCCAUAUCCCCCUCAAAAGUCAAAUGGUCGGCCCCUUACCCAUUUCGCUGCUCACUUCUUUUGGUGCUGUCUCCACUACCUGAACGACCAACCAAUUCACUAUGUUUUGCCUUUUUUUAGAAACAAUUGGCCCGUAGUCGGUCGAAGUUAGUAACGAAAAUAAUAAUAUGGUUGUUGUUUAUCCUUCAGAGAGAAGUUGAAAGCGAUAUUCAACCCGAGAUUUGGCAGUGUCUUCAGGACCUACAACAACUCUACAUAUUUCACGAGGCGAAUGGUUCGGUUUGCCGACCUCUAUAUGUCGUCUGUUGAAAAUUUGCUCAAAUACCCGAGCAACUACACCUUCUACCCGCGAAGAACUGCGCUCCCACACGAGGCAGUGCUAGACUUCCGAACAAGUGGACCACUUCCGGAUCAGAUGUUUCCUAAUUCGUCAAAAUAAAACAGUUCCUGAACUUGAGAUUAGCACCCUUCCAAGUAUCUUCUAUUAAAGUAGGCAUUUUGGGGUAUGGGGAAAGGAUAAUUUCCUUUUUCAUUCUUUCCCAGUCUCCACUGGCGCCCGGCAGUGAUAGGUGAUUAACGCUAUUAAGUGUUUCGACGCCUUUUUACAUUUUGUAAUGUAAUUCCAGAGUUUUGAUUAGGCAUAGUAUAUCUGAUAUAUAUCCUAUGGAAAAUCCAGGAUAUUAAUUUAUAUU